GAAAUGCUUUAUUGAUGUCCUUUCCAUCGUGGAAAAUGAAGAUGACUUCUUCAACUAUCCUUGGGGGAGAUUAUCGUACGAGAAGACAUUAUUCGGCUUGGCAAAAGAUAUGGAAAUGCUAAGGAAUAAAUACUUGAAGAAUGUUGAGCAAAAGAGAAAAAGACCAGCACCUCAGUACACAAUUUAUGGUUAUGCCAUUGCUCUGCAAUAUUGGGCCUAUGAAAUUUUCACAAAGUUCUCUGCAUUUGCUGAUCAACAACCCCUGGCCUUUCCAAGAAUGCUUAGCUGGUCAGCGCAUAAAAUGCUGAAAGAGAAAGAUAUUGAAUGUGUAUUUAAGAAAAAAAAGUAAUCUUGUGAAGGCCACGCUCAAUCCAAGACCCGAAGAGAAAGAAUUUCAUGACUCUAUUAUUCAAGGACCAGAUGAACUACUCAUGGGACGUGUUAUUAGCUUUGUAGACGAUGAUGUGGAAUUGGAGUUUGAAAGGGAAGAACGUGAGGAAUCUCCCACAAAGCCCGAUGUAGCAGAUGGGCAUCGUCACGAGCAAGAAAAGAAAGAGAUACCAACUCCAAUUAACACCCACCAUGAAAAGUUGUUAGCUGAUAUUGACACUUUGAAAAGUAACCAACAAAGAAUGGAGGAGAAGUUGGAUUAUCUAAUUGAAUUAGUGCUCUCGCAACGUAAAGGUAGUGAUUCUGAGGAUUCAUUAUCAGAUGAGCAUCUUGCUUCACCACACCGUACAUUUAUUAUGGAGCACGUUGUUGGAGAAGAUAGCCCUAGCUGUAAGGUGGUAUCUCCUGGAGAUAUGGCUGGGGUGGAAUUCAAGAGAAGGAGGGUUCCAACGAAAAGAAUUUUUGGUUCCGAGUUUACUGAUCCAACUAAGAAGAAAAAGAAAGCAAAGACAAUUGUAACUGAUCCUUGUGAAAUUAAUCCCCUACAGCCAUAUGACGAAAAGCAAAUGAGACGUUUUAAGAAAUGGGUAAUUGGUUUAAAAAAGAAUGAUAAGCCUAUUUCUCUCUUGGCUGGUUCGUGCACUGCGAAAUGGUUUAUUCAGCUACUUACACCACGUACAUGGCUGGACGGACUGCACAUUGAUGCAGCUUUAGGGUUGAUGAAAGAACGAGUGUACACUUACAAGAAGACUUACUCCGAAAGAUUCACCAUCGUGGAUUCUAUGAGUUGGAAAGACAUUGACGAAGUUACCCCAAUUAAUUUUUCUGGGACACAUUGGGUGUUGUUAGAGAUAUCAUUGACAAGCUGUCUUAUAAAAGCUUAUGACUCUGAUAUCACUGUGGUCUCCAACAAGGAGUUUGAGAAUAAAAUGAGCAGAUGGGGAAAAAUGCUACCAUUUCUAAUUCAAUCCAGUGGGCUGUUAAGCCAUAGGAAAGAUGUCCAACUACAAGCACAAAAAGUGCGUUUUGAGUUCACAAGACUUGGCACAGAAAAAGUGCCACAGACCAAAACUAGUGGCGAUUGUGGGGUAUAUGUCAUCAAACAUCUGGAGUACUUGCUAGCCAAAAAACCGCUAUCCGAAGUGAAUGACGACAACAUGGAUUUCUUUAGAAAAAAGACUUGUGUAGAUUUGUUUUACCAUAACUUACAACCAUAG